UUCUUCUAUUCCGUCCACAACCAUUUGAACGGUUUGAACCAUCUGGACCUCAAGGCCAAUGAUCCCCAAAACUUCAAAUGACUACAAACAACCCUUCGAAGGACAAUAAAGCUGAUUACUUGAGACGCUACCUCGAACCUGUGGGUAGUAAAAAGAAACGAAAAGUAGUUAACGACAUCACAGUGAAAUACAUUUCUGGUGAUCUCCCUGAAACUCUAGAUGCAUUCUAUAAAACAGAUGCAGAUGGUUUUGAAUUUCCUUCGGAUCCAUCGUUCGUAGAACCAUUACCUACAGUGGUUCGACAAGCAACUUUACUCAAAGACAAAAAGUCAAAACAAGGAGACAAAUCGAGAAAGGAGGCCGAGUUGGAAGCUAGAUACGAUGUAUGGAAUAAAGGCAUCAAAACUCUAGAAGAAACUUAUAAUAAACUUAAGGAACAGGAAUAUGAAAGUUCAAAACCACUGGCACGAUAUGCUAGUGAUAAAGAUCUUACAGAACAUUUGAAGUCACAAAUACAUUCUGAAGAUCCUAUGGCUCAGUAUUUUGUUCGGAAAUCAGCUAAGAAGAAGCGGCAAAAGAAAAGUCACAAAAAGAAAAAACAUAGACAUUCAUCUCAUUCCGACAUCUCACACUCAUCCCAAUCAGACGAUAGUGGUGAUGAUGAAGGAGAAGAUGAUCGACCCCGUUACAAAGGUCCUGAACCACCUCCAAAUCGUUAUAAUAUAUGGCCUGGUUUCCGUUGGGAUGGUGUGGAUCGUAGUAAUGGCUUUGAAAAAAAAAUAGUUGAAGAUCAAACUCGCCGACGAGUUGAACGUGAAAUAGCUCAACGCUGGGCAGUUGAAGAUAUGUAAAAUUAAUAACUUACAUUAUUAUUGUUUGUAAAGUUUCUAUUCAUUGCACGAUGUACAGAUGUAUUAUGAUAUUAUAUAUUUUCACAUUAGA